AUGUCCACUCGCACUCGUCGUAGUGCUGGAGGGGAAGCUCCCACCUUAAAUCCAACUAUGAUUCAAUUACUAGACGUUGGUAGAUUGCGAAAGGAGCUCGAAAUUAGAGGUCUCCCUACAAACGGAGCGCGACAAAUUUUAGCAGAUAGAUUAUCAGACGCUGUUUUGCUUGGUAAAAGUAUAGAAGAACCUGCUGUAGUAGUUUCUCCACAACCGAAGCGAGCUAUUAAGAAAACACCAAUAAAGCCUGAAGAACCUGAGGCGGAGGUAGUAACUUCCAUCGAACCAGUUGAAGAUGUCAAAACGAUAGUUAAAUCCGAACCUAUUGAAGAUUCUCCAAAGCCUAAAAAGAAAAGAUCUCUCCAGGCAUCGUCAAAAGUUUCAAGUUCGAAAAAGCGCAAAGUUGAGAAAGUUAAAUCAGAAGAUCGACCGGAAAGUGAAGAAGAUGUUCCGUUACUGAGCGCUCUACCUACAUCUGCUCAAAGCAGCAAGAAAGAUACGUGUUCUAAUGAAGUUGCCGGUCCUAGCACCGAUAGCGAUGACGACAUUCCUUUGUUGAGCCAGCUUCCCUCUUCUAAUAAGUCUGAUGAAACCUCUGCUGCGGGACACAAGCAUGGCACACGUAGUAAAAACUUAUUUUCGCCAAGCAGAGAGAAAGUUUUGCCAAGUAAAAAAGUCACAGAAGAAGUUCGGUUACUGUGUAGUGAUGAUUUUGUUGAAUCCCCUCCGGAAUCUCCAGGCUAUCAUAGGUCGCCAAUACCUGGAAGUCUUGAAAAAGGCGAUACUGAUUGGAAACCUGAGUUGAAGAAGAAAAAGGAUCGACGUCAUUCUAUUAGUUCUAAUGAUCGAAUAGUUAAAAUUGAGAAAAGGCCUCAUGAGAAAGAACGUGACCGAGAACGGGAUCGUGAGCGUGAUAAAGUCAAGCUGAUUCGUCCUCCUGAGCGACGAACUGUCGCUGAUGAAUGGGCUAAACUGAUGGCCGAGAGAAGCAAACAAAAAACCUCCCAGAUCAGCCCUGGCGUAACCCAAAUCAAAACUGAAGCUGCAGAGCCAGAAAAGGAGUCUAAACCGGUAGAGAAGAGAAACGAAGAGAAGAAAGUUCCUCGUCCACAACAAAUUAAGAAGUCUGCUUCAUCGAAUGAUACUGACUUGCUCGGAAGUAUCAUGGUCGAUCAAACUCAUCUGUUAGGUGAAAAGAAGAGGAAAAUCGAGGAAGCUGAGAAAGAACACGAACGUAUACUUGAGUUGAGAAAUGCUGCUUCUUCAUUAGGAAAAGCUCCAAUAAUAACAUCUGUGGAUCCUAAUAGUGCUAAGAGAAAACCAUCGGAUCCUAUGCUGAUUUUGCCUCCACCACCCCCUCCACCAAAGAAAAUUUUGAUGGUACCUGUUCCUGCUCCUUCACUGAUUAUACCUCCACCCCCUCCUCCUCCUAAGAAGUUGGAUUCUCCUAGUCAUGUUUCUCGAGUGCUUCUUCCUCCACCACCAGCUCCUCCAAAAGUCCUUCCAGUGACUAAUUCGUCUAGUAAACUUAUACCUCCUCCACCACCAAAAGGACCAUUGCCAGAACAUAUCAAAUUAGAGAAAGAGAAAGUGAAAGCAUCGUUGGUUGAUAAGAACAGCACGUCAGGAGACUCGAAAAGUAUUCCAUCUCUACCAAAGCCUAUUGAAGCUCCAGUGAAUAAUGAGAACAGUUUGGUUGUUGGAGUAACUCAAGCCUUACUAUUGCUGAUCCAGGAAAAUAAGAAAAAAGACGAAAUGCUUAGAGCUGAUGUUCAUGAAUGCUUGAAUGAUAUUAUACAAUGUGUAGUGGAAAUUGAAAAACAUUCCUGCAGUAGCGUCUCAACACACAGUGAUUCUGUAAAAGCGGAAGCGGGUGAAGAAGAAGAAUAUGAUCCCUUAGAAGCUUCCAUCAUAAAUAGCUUCGCUGAGUAUGUCCCUUCUAUGGUUACCGGUAGAGAAGAUAACCUUGCUCUGUAUUCUCCAUGUUCGAGUAGGUCGUCCUCAGAAGAAGAGGAAUAUAUUGAUCACGACGACGAAGAAGAUUCGAAUGAUGAAGCUAGUGAUGAAGAAGAAGAUAUGGAUAUUUCUACGAAGAUUCCUUCAAAAGCUAGACAAUUAAGAACCGAGCUCAAACUUGUCGAGCCUGAUACGGAUCCCUCUCAAAGCGAUGGAUCAGGGGGAGUGGAUUUGAUGAUGAAUCCAAGAGAUUUACUAAUGAAAGCCAAGAAUGUUUUGGAGUCUCUGAAUAAGCCGAAGAGCUGUGAAAAAGAAGUUUCCGGACCUCAUUAUACCCAAAUUCCAUUGGAGGAAGAGUAUGAACCCGAAGAACCUGAGAAACGUGCUCCUGAGUAUCAUGGAGAGCCAGUGCCGUCUGAUGACGAUGAAAUGCUUUUUGAAAUAGCUGCCGGAAUAUCGAAACCGAAGAAAAAGAGGGAAGUAGUCAUUGAGGAAGAGAAGUUGCCCUCGGAUGAAACCAUCGAACCUGAUUAUUAUAAUGCUGACUUACACAUCAAACAAGCUACAGAUAAGAACUGGCUUAUUGAGCCUGAAAACGCAGAUGGUUUAGCCUUGAUGUGGGGCGGAGUAAAAAGUAAUUACGGCAUUCGGCUGCCUUUUAGGGAUGUCCGCAACAGUGAUGAAGAUAUGGAGACUAACUCAUCUUCAGGUUCAAUCAUAGCUUUUCAAGUCAAGAUAAUUGAAUUUCUUUCUACCAAGCAUCUACCCUUCGAAGAACUUGAUCCUCAUGACAUACGUGUCGGGUUUUCUCUACGUGACGCUGCUAACAUUCUUGGCGAGAGUCCUAACUCAUACUGUAUAACCUCACUUGGUAAGAAGGCUGAAUCGAACGAGUUCACCGACUAUGGAAAAGCUUUUCAUCUCAAUGACAUCGUUACUGCCUGCAUAGACUUAUCGACGGGUAAUAUCUCUUAUUGGAUUAACGAUGAGUUUAUGGGAGAUGCUUUCAAAAACAUUCCUCUGCCCAUUGACAAUGCUAUUUAUCCUCAUAUUUCUGUAAAAAAUUGCUCGGUUGCUGUUAACUUCGGUGAUUUUCCCGGUGGUACAAAUGAAUGGAAAGAGAAUUCUCUUUGGAGGUUUCCUUCAUCUUUGGGCAGAGGAGAUUUAGAGAGAAGCCCUAAAGCUCCUGAAAGCAAAUCUGAAUGCACUGUUUUGAUUAUGGUGGGGCUGCCAGGUGUUGGAAAAACAACCUGGGUUCGUCAAUACCUCCGUGAUCAUCCUACCGAACAGUGGACUGUCAUUCAAUCAGAAAACGUCCUAUCAGCCAUGAAAAUAAACGGAGUCUCGAGAAGAAGGGCUCAUCAUGGAAGAUGGGAUAUGGUGAUGGGUUUAAUUGGAAAAUCUUUACAAAGAUCGGUGUUACUAGCGGCACGACGCAGGAGGAAUUACAUCAUCGACAUGAGCAACACCUCGAGAGAUGUUCGUAAGAAACGUUUACAACUUUUCGAAGAAUUUAGAAGAAAGUGCGUGAUCAUAAUACCUUCGGAUGAUGACAUGCUUGAUCGCCAAGCUCGACAAGCCCGUCAUGAUGGUACAGCCAUUAUGCCGCCUGAAGCUAUGCUAGAAAUGAAAGCUUUAAUGUCUAUUCCUGCGCCAGACGCGGAACCAUUAGAUGAGGUCUACUUCAUCGAGCCUCCAAUUGCUCGUAUCCAAGACGCUAUCGACCUAGUUGCAAGAUACAAUGAAGAAGCUAGACCUUGGGUUCAGAAAAAGCACCGUAGGAGACGUGCUCAGAAUAUUGGAUUAGGUGGAGAGAAAGAUCAAUCGUCGGUUUCCCAACGUAAAUUUACUGUUACGCAACCACUUACUGUUCUACCUCCGUUAAGAGUUUCAAUAACACCUCUGGAUGACUCGAUCUCACCAGCUUUGAGAAGUGCCGGCUCAGUUGGUUCUUCCGGCAUGCCAACCGGUGGAGUCGGCGGAGCUCUACUUACCUCACCCGCCAGUAUUGCAUCGGCUGCCUACGAUCAGAAACAUUCUGCAUCUAAUACACCGACUCCUACUCCCACUGCCGUAACACCUUCAGCAACGGGAGGGCUUCAGAGCUUCCACGUUCCUGUUCAUUCUGAACUGUCCAGCCCAGUUACUAUAUCUGCUCCCGGUAUUCACAUGAUCUGUCAAGCUAAUACUACCAUGCCCCAAGUAUCGCAAGCUCCACCAGGUCUUUCGAUUGUUAUUAAUACACCCCCUCCUGUAUUAUCUGGACAAACGACUCCUGGCUUGCCUGUCGGUGUAGGGCAAACUACUCCAGGGAUUCCUCUUAUGCAUACUCCUCCAAAUCUUUCCUCCGUCUGUCCAUCAGGAUCAGGAAUGUCGGUUGCUUCUGUAACUAAUUCCUUUUCCGUUCCACCGCCCAGUCUUCCAACAAACAACCAAAGACCUCUUAUUCGUUUGAAGAUAGAAGAUCUACCUCCUGCUAAUGUUGUACAUUCCUCUCCUGUUCAACCAAUACCGCCUGUUUUCGAUCCUGAAGAUGUAAUUGACUUGGAUGAAGAAGAAAUGAGAGAUCUGAGAGAGUCAUCCAAAGCCAAAGCAUCUUCCCCUAUGGUUGCAGAAGCCAUAAUGCGAGCUAAGCUCACUCGGUUACAAAUGAAAAGACGGGAAAAGGCAGCCAUGUCAGGAAAAUAA